AAACGGAUUUUGUAUCUGCGUGGUUAAAUUACCGUUACGUUCACGUCUAUCACAAGGUUUUAUUUCGAGUAUCACUAAAACCAUGUUAAUUCUACGUUCCAUACCCUGAUAACAUUCUCUGAUAACACUUUAAGCAGGUCCCCUGGUCAGGAUCAGGUCCGUAGGCUACCUCAUUCAGCUGCUAUCAGUGUAGGCUAUAACCUAGGCUGCUUCAUAAUUAAUUCAGUUGCGCAUGGUAGUCGUCGUCUGGUAGUUUACCUAUAUGUAAUAGCCAGCAACAAAGUGGAGGUUAUAACCUGUCGUGCGCAAUGAGAAACAACUGACAACAUGAACCCUACCGUCGUGCGCUCAAACCAAAAAGCGCCUUUUUAUAGUUUGGACUACAACAUUUGAAACCUGGCAACCCUACGUACAGCAAAAACUAUCAAUCGCUACCUACGUCACGCAGGUUGCUACAUCAGCUUGCGGACUCCCCUAGUCUUUGCUGAUGCUGGCUAUGAGGCGCAGAAUUAGAACGUGGAACAAACCGAAGUUGGGAUAAAAUAUUAUUGCGUCGUCCUCAUGUUACAUUUGCAAUGCCACCUUCAAAGAGUAGUGAGUAGUAGGAUGCUAAUACAUGACUGUUUGGAAAAGCGGUUUAUUGUAUAUGCUAUUUUCCUGUACAAACAGGCUAUUGCAUUUUAUUUGCAGAUAACGGUAGGCUAUUUUGAUCUUUAUUGUAUCAGUACACAGUGGACUGCAUUUAAUACCACUCUACGCUUUGCGACAAAAUAAAUGAAAUAUCACUGUGGAAUCUUGGAUAGGUUCAUUGCGAACCACAAACCCAACAGAAAUGGCUAUGGCAAGUAUGGUCUUUUCUGACGUGGAAAGUUUUCUCGACAAAAACCCUGAGUUAUUCGAAGACUAUCUAAACAGGAAGGGGAAAUACAGCAUGGUUGAAAAGUGGCUUAAAAAUCAUCAAGCAAGUAAAACUCCAGCGAACGUCACUACGGAGCCAGAGAAAAGCAACGCUUGUAAAGAUAGCUGGGCAAGCAAAGGAGAUGGCUUACAGAGACGAACAUCGCAAAAAGAGCUUCGAAAAACUUUUGCCAGGUCAAAAGCUAUCAAUCACAACAGGACAUAUGAUGAACACGUCAAUUACAGAGCACAGGAGCCUUUGACAAGUAUGAGGAGACGGGCUUUACUGAGAAAAGCCAGCUCCUUACCUCCGACAACCGCUCAUAUUCUGAGCGCCCUGCUGGAAUCACGCGUUAACAUCCCUCAGUAUCCCUCCACAGCCAUAGAUUUCAAAUAUUACUUGAAGCAACAUAAUGAAAGAGAGUUCUUCCUGGAGUUAGUGAAAGACAUAUCGAAUGACUUGGAUUUAACCAGCCUCAGUUACAAAAUCCUAGUAUUUGUGUGUAUUAUGGUUGAUGCUGACCGCUGUUCCCUGUUUCUUGUUGAAGGCAGCGCCAGCAAAAAGACUCUCGUCUCUAAAUUUUUUGACGUGCACGCAGGGACUACCGUGUUGCCAUCUUUUAAUAAUUCGGAUGAAGUUCAAGUUCCUUGGGGGAAGGGGAUAAUUGGAUAUGUUGCGGAACAUGGUGAAACUGUGAAUAUACCAGAUGCGUAUCAGGAUCAUCGUUUCAGUGAUGAGAUUGACAAGAUGACUGGAUACAAGACAAAGUCACUUCUGUGUAUGCCCAUAGAGAACAGCGACGGGGAGAUCAUUGGUGUGGCUCAGGCCAUCAACAAGAACCCUGGUGGUGUUCUCUUUACAGAGGAUGAUGAGAAGGUGCUGCAGAUGUACCUGCCCUUCUGUGGGAUCGCCAUCUGUAACGCCCAGCUCUUUGCUGCCUCCAGGAAGGAGUAUGACCGCAGCAGGGCUUUGCUUGAGGUGGUGAACGACCUGUUUGAGGAGCAGACGGACCUGGAGAAGAUUGUGAGGAAGAUCAUGCACCGCGCCCAGACGCUGCUGAAGUGCGAGCGCUGCUCCGUGCAGCUCCUGGAGGACAUCGAGUCUCCCGUGGUGAAAUUCACAAAGUCGUUUGAGCUCCUGUCACCCAAGUGCAGUGCAGACACAGAGAACAGCUUCAAGGACAGCAUGGAGAAGUCCUCCUACUCCGACUGGCUCAUUAACAACAGCAUCGCUGAGCUGGUGGCCUCCACCGGCCUUCCUGUCAACAUCAGCGACGCCUAUCAAGACCCUCGCUUUGAUGCAGAGGCAGAUCAAUUCUCUGGCUUCCACAUUCGCUCUGUGCUUUGUGUGCCAAUAUGGAACAGCAACCAUCAAAUAAUAGGUGUUGCUCAGGUUCUGAACAGACUGGAUGGAAAGCCAUUUGAUGAUGCAGACCAGAGGCUCUUUGAGGCCUUUGUCAUCUUCUGCGGCCUCGGCAUCAACAACACCAUCAUGUAUGACCAAGUGAAGAAGUCGUGGGCCAAGCAGUCCGUGGCCCUGGACGUCCUGUCAUAUCAUGCCACCUGUUCCAAGACAGAGGUUGACAAAUUUAAGGCUGCAAACAUCCCUCUGGUUUGUGAGCUGGGCAUUGAUAAGCUCUCCUUUGAUGACUUCUCCCUGGAUGUGGACGCCAUGAUCACUGCUGCACUGCGCAUGUUUAUGGAACUGGGCAUGGUGCAGAAGUUUAAGAUAGAUUAUGAGACCCUCUGCCGCUGGUUGCUGACUGUGAGGAAGAACUAUCGCAUGGUCCAAUAUCACAACUGGAGACACGCCUUCAAUGUCUGCCAGUGCAUGUUUGCUAUGCUGACAACGGCGGGAUUCCAGGAGACGCUCACCGAGGUGGAGAUCCUGGCUCUAAUCGUCGGUUGCAUUUGCCACGACCUGGACCACCGUGGCACCAACAACGCAUUCCAGGCCAAAACCGGCUCUGCCCUGUCUCUGCUGUACGGCACCUCGGCCACUCUGGAGCACCACCACUUUAACCACGCCGUGAUGAUCCUGCAGAGCGAAGGGCACAACAUCUUCUCCAACUUGUCCUCCAGUGAGUACAGUGACCUCAUGCAGCUGCUGAAGCAGUCCAUCCUGGCCACUGACCUCACUCUCUACUUUGAGAACAGGAGCAUAUUCUUUGAGCUGGUCAGCAAAGGGGAGUACAACUGGAACGUGAAGGCCCACAGAGAUAUGUGCAGGUCCAUGUUGAUGACGGCGUGUGACUUGGGAGCGGUCACCAAACCCUGGGACAUAUCACGCAAGGUGGCUGAGUUGGUGACCAGUGAGUUCUUCGAGCAGGGAGACAGAGAGAGAUCAGAGCUGAAGCUCACGCCAUCGGCGAUCUUUGACAGGAACCGCAAGGAUGAACUGCCGGGACUGCAGCUGGAGUGGAUCGAUGGCAUCUGUGCCCCCCUGUAUGAGACUCUGGGGAAGCUGAACCCGAAGCUGCAGUCCAUGGUGGAGCUGAUCAGAGCCAACAGGGUCAGGUGGGACGAGCUGCAUCGGCUGAGGCAGAGCAGCCAGGAGGGGGCCGAAACCCCGGACUGCUGCGCCAACGACCCCCCCACCACGGUCGCCACCGCUAGCAGCAGCUGCGUCUGCACGGGGGGCCACGAGAUUAGCGCCGCCGCCGCGCCCUGCGGGGACCCCCCCAAGCCUGCCAGCUAGCCGCUACCGCUGCGCCCCCACUAAGGGUGGGGGGGUCUGGGGGCUUGCGCGUCCUCCGCCUUUUCGCUUGUUUGCAGUCUGCAGCAUACUGAAUGCUGUGCAUGCAGAGGGGUUUUUCUUGAGCUCUGCCCUGUGCUUCACGUGGCCGCUACUGGAGAAUGGGAGAUGACCUUUGACCUCAGGGCCCACAGCAGCCAGAGGUCAGCCGUGACGAAUUUUCUCACCGCGCCCCGCAUUGGAGGGCGACAGAGGCCAUGAAAGAAACUGCACGUUUACCUUGCAGCACUUGCUGACGACAUUCUCUUUCCAUGGGUGGCAUUGUGAACAUGACCAGCUGAAGAACAGAGAACUAUAGAAGUACAGUUUGUGGGGCAGCUUUCCUGUGCACUGCAGUUUGCCAAGAUGAAUUGAAAAGACAGAACACAACCACUAUUUUAUUUAUGUAUUUCCUGCGAGGGAUCCUCAAGCAUACUGUUACAGUGUAAUGUACUACUGUUGCUGUUUUGAGAUUAUCGUCAGAAUAUUGUCAGAGAAUAUUGUUUUUGUUUUUUUGUUUUCUUGAAGGGGCUGAGGGUGAUUUUUCGUAUUUUCUACUGUACAAAUUCUUUUUUUUUCUUCCUGGAAUGAAAUAUGCAAGUGCUGUUUAUGACUUGGAUACUUUGGCUUCGAUAUUCCUGUUGGUGUGAUUAUCAGGGGUCUGUGGGGCCACUGAGCCUACGGCAGUGCUUGCAAUGCAAAUCUUAUAUGCUUUCUCUCUGUGCCUUGUUUGGGAGCCCUUAUGAAAAAUGCAUGGCAUCUUCACCCAGCUUCAUUAUUGUCUUAAAAAUAGGUGGUGGACCAUUAGGGGCUUUUGCCUUUUUGCGUAGGAGCUGGCCGCCACGGCAUCUUUAAGCCCCAUUCCCCCCUGGGGCUACAGUGUGCUCUCCAUGCUUGGCUUUUUGUCCUCGUUAAUUAGAGACCUCUUUGACUGGGGGAGGUAUCACACUGGAGCAUUUGAUUUCACAGCUACACAGAUUCAUCCACCGAUUGCUUUUGUUUUUUUUUGCUUUUCCUACUAAAUUAAUCAUGUUAUUUACCAGAAUAGCAGGUGAUCAUUUAUGUGCGUGUGUAUAUAAAUAUAUAUAUAUAUAUAUAUAUAUAUAUAUUGAUUGCAGUUGUUCAUAAAAUUAUGUACAGCUUUGCCAGCAGCACUCCAAGUGACUUACCGCAAAUGGAUUGUGCCUUUGUAAGCCCUAUAUAUAGACACAGCAGUGCAACUUUUCCAGCACACACUUUGCCAAGUAACUCACACAUUGAGUGAUUAAUGAUGAGUUUGUUGGUGACGUUUCUGUCUUUCUGAAGACAUCAGAAUGACCCUCAUGUCCAAGAGAGGGAAACUUCUUCUCUGUUUUUGGAGACAAUAUCUGUUAAUAACUCCAGCCUCUGUAGUGCAACGAUCUCCCAGUCCAGAUCUACGAGUGUUACUCCUCACAUGCAGACUUAAAUAAUGAAUACACCCUAUACUAUACUGUAUGGACAGAGACCAGUGAUGUGAAGAGGCGAAAGCACCAUAGUACUAUUUCCAUAACGUAUACAGAUUUGCAAAUUGGAAUGCGCGCGAUGUCAAGGUUGAAUUUGCGGCUGAGGUUACGUUAAAUCCCCGGGAACUCGUAGGGCCUCUAAAUGACACCCAUGAGGUUAUAGAGCUGUGAGUGCUUCCUCUUCCACUGCACCGAGUGUCACGCUGGUCCCACCCCUACACACAUCGCUCGAGUCUCUGUGACGAAGAGGUGCUGUAUAGCUGUGCUAUGAAACACCUUAAAUCAUACAGGCCAUACCAACACUAAUAUUUCCUUUGAAGAUAAAAUGGUGGUACCCAUAUCCAUAUGGCCAUAUUAAGAUGAUCUCUUCCGUGCUCCAGGGUGAUGCUGAUAGGUAGAUAAUGUGGUUACCCAUGAAAAAGCUGUUAUGACUCAUCCAAUUGGGGCCAGUAACAGAUGUAGCAGCUCAAAGAAAG